GCGGCUGGCUGGCUGGCCUGGCUUAAAACCGUCUUCGCCAAGAUAGACAGGCGCCUUGUGUGACCCGACUUGCUGUGCAGAAGUCAGAAUGUCGAGCCGUCGGUAGCUGACUGUACGCAUUUGGAGAAGUAGAGACAAUAGAGCGAAGAUGGGCAGUACAAGGCAGACUUGCAAGAGACGGCGGCGAUUGUGCGGUAUCGCGGCUGCGGCGUGCCUGUGUCAGCCUGCCUUGGCUGUCGAUCUGACCUAUACACCCAGCACGACGCCCGCCGGCCUGAGCAACGACGUCCUCGUGUCCGUUGCAGCCAAUCUGGCCCUCAUCGCCAACGCAUCCUGGGAGAUCGGCGUCCGAGCAGAAGCGCUCACAGAGUGGCUCUAUCCUAGCUUUUCAGUCUACGGAUCUAACCCUUUCGUCAAUGGCACACCUGCCGCAUCGCCUGAUCUCGUCAUAGAUAUCGCUAACACGUUGCUAGCCACCCGACCGGCAAACGGGACGAAUGCAGAAUCGCUUAUCCCGGGCGAAGGAUCUACAGCAGAUCCUGCGAGCAUCGGUGUAGCUGUCUUGCUCGCUAACAAGACGAGCUCGACGCCGAACGUUGGCUAUGCAGAUGCGGCGACGGGCCAGCUCAACUACUUGCUUACUGUCGCUCCUCGAGCGCCAAGUGGGGCAAUAUCGCAUAGAGUAGAGCAAGUUCAGCUUUGGUCAGAUAGCGUGUACAUGUCACCGCCCUUCAUUGCCUACUAUGGCGGUAUGACGAGCAACGUCAGUCUCCUGCAGCAAGCUGCACAACAGUGUCAGCUCUACUACACUGCCAUGGUCGACGAGACCAAUCUCUUUAGACAUGUCGUCGACGGCGAUGUCACCACGCAAGAUCCUGGCCAUUGGGCCACUGGGAAUGCCUGGGCAGCAGCCGGAAUGCUUAGAGUCCUUGCAACGAUAGAGAAAACGCAGUUCUCAGACGAUCUGCAAGCCGAGCGCACUUCGCUCGUGACGAUGGCACAGACUAUCCUGACUGCGGCCUGGCAGACGACGUCCGAGAACGCAACGCUCAAUUAUCCGGAUACAAACGCAAGCGCCUCGGCUAGAUUCCCAGACAUGGCUUCCUCAGCUCUCUUUGCACAUGCAACUUAUCGACUUGCUACACUUGGCUAUGAUACACAAGACUCGCUCGUGCCCGCUGCCGAACGGGCACGCGUGAUCGUGCAGAACAAUAUCGAUAGCUCUGGCUACUUGCAAAAUGUCGUCAAUCCUCUCAAUUGGGGACAGAUCCUGCCGUCGGAUCAGCACUCGCCGGAAGCGCAAGCGUUUGUACUCUUGAUGAAUGUCGCCUGGCAAGAUUGGGAAGCAGUCGCAAUGGUCAGCAACACGACGACAGUAUCACCUCUUGCUUCUGCUGCAACCAAGACAUUCUACGCGCCGCUUGCACUGGCGUUGAUCUCCUUGAUCGCACUUGUCUGAACAGAACACUCUUACGACGCAGAUACACGCAUCUCAUCUUACGUUUUCCUGACCCUUAUUGUUGUCAUCUUGCCUAUGCAAUUAGCAAUCGAUUCUGCGC